CUGUACACUUUAGCAACAAAUUCCGACACGCAUAUCAGAGAGCACACGAUGAGCAGGCAAGAUGCCGCCAACCGAGAGUUGAGUGAGUUUUCGAUGGCUGGGUAUUUGAAAACGUUGGUAAAAAAUGAUGCGUUAAAGUGGAAAACUAGAUGGUUUGUAUUGAAUUCAGCUGAGUAUAAGUUACAUUGUCAUAAAAACAAAGGGCAACAAGAAUCUGAGUAUUGCAUAGACUUGAGACAAGUUACAGUAGUGUAUCGAGACAAAGGUCCAGGAAACGAGUUUGUCAUAGAGACGUUGCCAUCUGGGCAAAAGUUUUUUGAAAGGGCGUACAUAAUGAAGGCGGCGAGCUCGUCGCAGGUAGAGCUGUGGGUUCUGGCAAUCACGUCGGUGUUGGAAUGGCGCGAAGAAAGUCAGUGCAUGUGGACACCCAAAAACUUAGGAAAGCGGACAUCUAAGAGGAUGGCUGCUUUGUGCAAAACUGAACUAACCUGUCAGCUAAAUGAAAAAGAAAAUGGUCGCGAAAAUCUGACAGGUGAGGACACCGACGUUGCCGGUGCUUUUCAACGCGUUAAAAGCAUGGGCGAGGAGAGGGGCGAGAGCGAGUUUUUGACGUGCCAGAAGAGCAAGCAAGUUUCGAGCAUCUAUACGAGGGCCGUGGAAGAGCGACGGUUUUCGGACGAACGUGGUCAAGGGUUGGACUCAGACGGUCUUGUAGUGCGUUCGAAGGAAGGUAUAGGAAGAGGUGUCGAAGAAGAGGUGAACGUCUCGGAGUAUUAUUCGGCCAUGUCUGUAGAGGUUACGCAAACGGCAGACGAGUCGAUACAAAGAAGUGCAGUAUUUGAGUCUUCGCUCACCUCUUUGUUGGGCGAGUGUGAAGGUGGAAGCACCGAUAGGUCGAAGAGUACAUCGAGUAUUCUUGCCAGCCGAUGUGGCAUUAGUCUUAUCGAGGACGCGCGGCAGCGGCACAUUGAGAGCAGCAUGAUCAUAAGGGAUGCAGACCGGUCUCAUUGGGACGAGGGGGAGGAGUCUGUUUCGGAUUUGGAAGGGUUCGCAAAGGGGAGCAGAACUGCUCAAGAGGGGAAGGCGACGAAUAUGUGGGGAGAGGAAGUGUCGAUUGUCUAUCCGGACCAGUUUUGUGAGAUCAUCGAAGAGCUAUACAAAAGUCCAGAUUACAUCGACCGGGAGGUACAUUUGAGUCUAGGAAAGAACGUGAUUGCUCUAAAGAGAGGAACUUGGAUUAUUGAAAAGGAAGGGGAUAGAAGUUGGGGCGGUACAGAGGAGCAAGGCCGUUUGACUUGGCACCUCCCAGGAUACGUCGUUGUUGCAUACACACCACCAGGGGAAUGGUUCGUGAGGAUGCGGGGUUCUACGCCAGCAGACGAAAUAAAGUGGAACCUCGUCGACAUCGUAGACGCGCUUCACAACAGCGAGCUCAAUCACCAAGAGCAAUCAAUUAUUUAUCACUUGUACGAGUCGGUGUCUAGUUUUGUAGACAAGUUCAGGUUCUUGGAAAAAGCGAUUUUCAUCCCAGAAGAGGAGAAGGCGGAGGCGUUAGACGAUUUUUUGGAUUUGAAUUUGGGUCUAUAUAUUAGAGUUCGGUUUUGCACGAGCAUUGCAUCAGUGUUGGCAAGGGGAUUGAAGCGUCGAUCCUUGUUUAAGAAGUACCAUAUCUGGGAUUUUAUAUUGAACAUGGGCACGGACGCGAAAGGCGCUGGAAAGGAACAUCUUCUUUUGUCAAGGACGGUCCAGACAAUAAAUCGAGACACACAGAUCGGCGAUGAGAAUUCGAAGUUCAGAGAAUUCAUAGUCGCGGCGCUCAACACGGGUCGAUUGUUCGAGUGGAUGUGCGAACUUUUAAAAGAAAAGAGUAAAAUUCAGACGUUUUACGAGGCGAAGGCGUUGGUUCUGGUCUGUCCGAACAUGAUAGUGAAUGCCAUGGCGCCGUUGGGAAGCCUUCCAUUCAGAUUGUCGCAUGAAAAGGACUUUAGAGACAUGGUAAUCAAACACAAGCAACAUUAAUACUGUCUGAAACCAUUUGACGUUUUUUGUAUGGUUCGUAUCGAGUUUUGAAAAGGUCGCGCCGCUUUGGUGUUAACAACAUAAAUACAGUGAAGUCGUAAAAAGAUUCAUCCGUCUUCGUCGGAUCUAGAA